AAUAAAGAAAGAAUUCUUCUUCCCAAGAAAAAUUUUAAAAACCCACCCCAUUUAUUUUCGAUCUGAGACAAAGAACUAUCAGGAGUUAGAGUCUCCAAUAGCAAAACUCAGAGACCUUUUUGCUUUCUGAACUCUUAACCAUCCAAAGUCAUGAGAAGUCCCUUUAAAAAAAAAAGUGAAAUACAGUAUUGUGAAUCUUGAAAUCUGAAACCGAGAAACAGAAUUGCAGGGGAAAGAAGAAGGAAAACCUUGAACUCUUCCAGACAAUUGCUUCCAGGGGAGUUUCAGAAAGAAAAAAGAAGAAGCAAAAAGCAGAGGGGAACUUUGAAUGGCUUAUUUGUGAGGAGAUUCCAGGAACUUUCUGAAGACAAUUCUUUCCCCUUUUCUGGAUAUAAUGGCUAUUGUGGAGCAAAGAACCCUUAGGAUUGGCUUCAAGUGUCUCUCUUUAGCUACUUUUGUGCUUGCUUGUGCUGGACAAGGUGGAAAUAGGGAGAAUGGGGGUCCUGCCUGCUAUGGAGGAUUUGACCUAUACUUCAUUUUAGACAAAUCAGGAAGUGUCCUGCACCACUGGAAUGAAAUCUACUAUUUUGUGGAACAUCUGGCCCAUAAAUUCAUAAGCCCUCAACUGAGGAUGUCAUUUAUAGUGUUCUCAACUAGAGGGUCAACUCUAAUGAGGCUAACUGAAGACAGAGAACAGAUUCGCCAAGGCUUAGAAGAGCUACAAAAAGUCCUGCCUGGAGGAGACACGUACAUGAAUGAAGGGUUUCAAAGGGCCAAUGAGCAGAUUUAUUAUGAAAAUAUUCAAGGCUACCGGACUGCUAGUGUCAUCAUUGCUCUGACAGAUGGAGAACUCCAUGAAGAUCUCUUCUUUUAUGCAGAGCAAGAGGCUAACAGAUCUCGAGACCUAGGGGCAACUGUCUACUGUGUUGGGGUGAAAGAUUUCAAUGAAACCCAGCUGGCUCGAAUCGCUGACAGCAAGGACCAUGUGUUUCCUGUAAAUGAUGGCUUUCAAGCUCUGCAAGGGAUAAUAGACUCAAUUUUGAAGAAGUCAUGCAUUGAAAUUUUAGCAGCUGAGCCUUCAAGCAUAUGUGCAGGAGAAUCAUUUCAAGUGGUGGUGAGAGGAAAUGGAUUUCGUCAUGCCCGCAAUGUGGACAGAGUACUCUGCAGCUUCAAGAUCAAUGACUCCGUCACACUUAACAAGAAGCCUUUUACUGUGGAAGAUACUUACUUGCUCUGUCCAGCCCCCAUCUUAGAAGAAGUUGGCAUGAAAGCCGCACUCCAGGUCAGCAUGAAUGACGGCCUUACUUUCAUCUCAAGUUUUGUCAUCAUCACCACCACACAGUGUUCUGAUGGUACCAUCCUGGCAAUUGCCCUGCUGAUUCUCUUCCUGCUCUUGGCCCUGGCUCUUCUCUGGUGGUUUUGGCCCCUUUGCUGCACAGUGAUUAUCAAAGAGCCUCCUCCACCCCCAGCAGAGGAAAAUGAUGAAGAAGAAGAUGAUGGAUUACCUAAGAAAAAGUGGCCAACAGUAGAUGCUUCUUAUUAUGGCGGUCGAGGAGUUGGAGGCAUUAAGAGGAUGGAGGUUCGGUGGGGAGAAAAGGGAUCGACAGAAGAAGGAGCCAAGCUAGAAAAGGCCAAGAACGCCCGUGUCAAGAUGCCAGAGCAAGAGUUUGAAUUCCCCGAGCCUCGAAACCUCAACAACAACUUACGUAGGCCCUCUUCUCCCAGGAAGUGGUAUUCUCCAAUAAAGGGAAAACUGGAUGCCUUCUGUAUCCUGGUAAGGAAAGGUUAUGACCGGGUAUCUGUGAUGCGCCCACAGCCUGGUGAUACGGGACGGUGCAUCAAUUUCACUCGAGUAAAGAACCAGCCUCCCGCCAAGUAUCCACUCAACAACGCCUAUCGCCCCCCUUCUAUGCCUCCUGCCCCCAUUUAUACUCCCCCACCACCUGCUCCCCUCUCAACUCCCCCACCCCCUACCUCCCCCACACCCCCAACACCAAACCCACCUUCCACACUUCCCCCGCCCCCUCACGCCCCACCCCCCAACCGAGUGCCACCACCCUCUCGCCCCCCACCUCGGCCUUCUGUCUAAAAUCCAGACUCUCUCAGAUGCCUUGGGGAAGAAGUCCCUCUACAGUAUUAUAGCAUACACCUUUCAAGUCCAAGAGGGCUUUUGUUUUCAGAAAUGGGCGGCAAUCAAAGAUGUCACACACACCUUUUUUAAAAUUUAGAAGCAAUAAUAAACUGACAACUUCAGGGUCAGCCAAAAGAAAAAGAGAAAUUUUAAAGUGUCUUUUAAAAAGCAAGCUGGCAGGGUGACAAUAUAAGGAAAGUUGUCUAAUCUCCACCUCUGGAAGGAGGUCAUUAUGAGGUUCCCCCUGGGGUCAGAUGAGAACCAGCAUGAUGUUCUAAUUAUUAGGAUGUAAUCCUAUAAUUCACGGACCCACAAUUCACUGUAUUUCAAUGGCCUAAAUGGGAAUAUGUCCCACGGAGACUCACAAGGAAGUCAUUUCCUUGUAGUUGAAAUGCAAAGUGUGAUUAGAAACCAUAUUCCUGGAAUUCUCAAUGCCUUCUCCCCAACUGUACUGCACCCCAUGCCCACUCUAGCCUUGACCUUGAGUCUUCAGGAAUUAAAUAGUCUUUUGACUCUUGCAGAGUUAUAACACAUCUUUUCAAUCAAAGGAGGGUUUCGUUUUUUUGUUUUGUUUUAAAUUGAUUUCUAGCAAGAAUUGGUCAGUCAGCAUAGAAGAGUUUGAAACUCCAUUGGUGGGCGUCUGAGAAGAGUACCCUCAAAGAGGCAUCUGCCUGGGGGUUAUGGAGACCAAAAAAUAUCUCUCCCGCCCAGACCAUAACAGUCACAAUGAAGUGGAAGCAGGUGUUUGUUGAAGGAUUUGGGUAUGUUGCUUUGUAGAAGCGGAAAUAAAGUGUCGUUCAGAGAAGAAUCAGCACGUGUAUGAAAAGGGAACCAGUUGUUUCACAAACAGAAUGAAUCCUAGAAUGUUAGAGCUGAAAUGAGACCAAACUCUUCAUUUUACAGAUGAGGAAACUGAGGCUCACAAAGGUUCAGUGACUUGUCCAAGUCACGUAGUUACUAAGUAGAGGUAAUAUGCCAAGAGUCAAACCCGAGUUCUCUGAUAAAUCCAGUGCUUUUUCCAUUACAGAUGGACUUGUACACAGCCAAGUUAAAACUCAGGAAGGGGGCUAGGCACUUGAGCCCCACUGAGAAAAUUCUUCUCAAAACCUGUGGCUCACGAGGACUUAGAAAUACUCCAGCCUUCAAUUAGACAGCUCCUCUUUCUUAGCACCAUAUGCCCUAGUCGUUCAACAACUUCCAUUCAGGUUAGCUAGGCUUUCAGAGAUGUGUGGCAUGAAGAAAUAAUCCAUUUGGGAUUUGUUCCCACCAAAUUGAUAAGCAUCUUCCCAAAAUGUAAUCAUUAGUAAUGGUUCCCAUGACACCAUCGAUUUUUUUUCAAGUCAUUUCAGAGCUGGGAUUUUAACUGAACUUUCAAUUUCUAAAUGGUUACAGGGUAGGUUUGGGGGAAGUGGAGGGGCAGGACAGAAGAGGAGGUAUGGGGGAGUUUUGCUGUUGAUAUAGGAGGAUCAUUCCCAAGUCCUUUGAGUAAUAUGAAUAAUAUGAGAGUGUUUAUGUAUAUAUUUCUUCUCUAGUGUCCAAGAUAAUCACGUCCAUCCAUUAUCAUCUGUUAGCCAAGGUGAGGUCAGGCCAGAUGUGCAAAAUAGAAGUAGGUCAGCAAGGAAUUCACUGGCUGCAAUUUCAUAAGCAGGCCCUGGGCCCACCCAGCUCUACGGCCUAACCUAAAAAGGGCUAUAAGUUAACUUUCUGAACAUCUGCCUUCAGUGAUAUUCUCUACCCUACCCCAUUUUCCUUCUCUUUUCCUCCAGGCUGAGCAGAGAGUUAAAAUAAGUGGCCACUUACACAAUAUAAUGUGAGGAGGACCUAUCUCUUCAAAAUAACUCUAACCCCAAAUAGUCUACUACAAUAUCUGAAAUUCCUACCAUUCACUGUUUUUGUUUCCAUGACAUAUAUUACCUGGGAAGAAUUUCACAUUAAAACGCAAGAAUCUACUUUGACUUAGAUCAGCUAAGAAUUCAUGAUAUCACUGGGGAACAUGGAAUUUGUAACCCAGCAAUCCACCUGUCUCAGAUAUAGUAAUUGAGUCCUAAGGAACCGCCCAAAGCACAUAAAGAUUAAGUGACUUGCCAAGGGUCAUAUGGUUACUAAGUCAGAAUUUCAUAUAGCUACUAAGUCAGGGAGUUGGACCUAGGUUUUUCUGAUUCUAUGCCCAGUAUACAUUCCAAUAUAUUGCUUUUGCUAUUUGGAUUAUUAUGUCAAAUUAUACUCACAGACCUAAAAGGUCAUCUUACCCUCAUGUUUUACAAAAGUAAAUUACCAUCUCAGUUUUGCCUAGAGCUGACCCUGCCUCUUUGAGAAUCAUAGAAUGUCAAUGAUAAAAGGACCUCAGAACAGAAAAUAAUGUCAGAACUAGAAGGAAAUUUGGAACCUAGAAUGUCAGAAGUGAAAAGAACCUUAGAGAUGAUUUAGUCCAAACCCCUACAUGAUUGAAAACUGAAGCCUAGAAAGAAGCCAUGACGUAUCUAAAGAGGAAGCCAGAGCCAAAAUCCAGAGCCCUUCACUCCUAGCCCAGGGCUCUUGCUACAGCACCAUGUUGCCUUCUUCCCUUCCAGGAAUCUUUCAGGAUUUCCUUUACCACGAAAGACAUGAGCGUUUGAUAACUUCUGGCAGAUUGUUUUCCCCUUUCCCAUUUCCAGAGCGAACUUCACCUUCUGCUUUUUAUGAACAUUAUUUUGGAAGCAGGGCCAGACAGUUCCUCUGUUAGCCACAGUGAUAUCAUUGAACACUGGAUCCCAGACACCAGCUGUCAAAUUUUAUAGGAAAGGAAACCUCUCUUGGUCUCCCAAGCCCUUGAGGUUGGAGAUAAUCAGACCCAUCCAACUGUUUUGUCUGCUGGCAGCACAGAACAGUAUUUUUCCCAGCCCUCAAGUGGUAGUGGUCCCUGCAACAGCAGCAGCAAACACUCCUCUUGUCCUUCAAUGUCCUGCCUAGUAACGCCCUUCUAGUGGUGGGGCUCAAGAUCUCAUGACUGGGGCUAAAUGUACUUCCUCAAAAGUUUCCCCUGAGCUGUGGUAGCCAUGUCCCAAAGCACACAGUAUUUGUACUGGGGGAAUGUGGAAUAAUCUCAUGAAGGAUUGACAGUGUUUGUUCUUCAAAUGUAAAAUUAAAAAAAAAAAAGCUUUGUGAAAACGACCCUCUUCCAAAAAAAAAAAAUCAGUCAUCAAAUGAUGUAGCAAUGACGUCGCAUGAUGUCUCCAGUUAUUUGGAAUGGCUGGGGGUGGGGAAUGGAAAUUUAUAUACACUGUAGUGAUUGAGUCUGUAUUUUGUUAACAAGCUAUUGAACAGAAAACAGUCUUUCAUCAGCCAUUUUGUAAAACCCAUCAGGACAUAUUAGAGUCAGCCUCUCUAUAUGAAAGAAGCUGAGGACAUACAAUUAGGAUCAGAAAAAUAUACAAAAUGAUUUUUUCAAAGCCCAUGUUGGAGUCCAGUUCCAAACUCAUGUUGUAUAUAUUCUUAAUGCAUGCUUACCAUAUGUUAGAUGGAAGCAUUUCCUAUCCAAUGUGGAUAAAGAGAACAGUUGUAGUAAAUUAUUAUAAAGUCGGUGAUAUUUCACGGCAGGUACCAAGCUGUGCUUGUUUGUUGUCUCAUGAUUGUAUUGCCUUUUUUUUUAUAUAAAUGUACAAAUAUCACUAAAGGGACGAGAACCUAUUUUGCAUAACAUUAAUUGGGAUGGCUCAUCCCAAUCUGCCUUCUACAAGUCAAGAUAGCUUGUGUAUAGCCUGGGACUUAGGGAUAUCAAUGUGUGCCACAUUUACAUACCAGCUUUAUGACCUAUUAAGUCAUGAUGGUGUGAACAGCUAAAUAGUAAACCUAGAAGGUAUUCUGGCCAGAAUUCACUACAUUAGAAAUCUUCCCAGAAUAAACAUGAGUGAUCUCCUAUGCACAAGAUAGGAAAACAUAAACAUGCAGCACUUAGCACAGUGCCUGGCACAUAGUAAGUGCUUAAUAAAUGUUUGUUGAAGAAUUAUUGAUCAAUUGACAUACUAACACUGCAGAUUAAAUAAAAAAUUAAUGUCAUGUAAAUCAGGUUGAAUCAGUUCAUGUACUAUAUAUAGAGAUAUAUCCAAUAAAAUCCCAUUUAUCCAGACUGGUUGGGGAAGAGGUAUUCUGAUUAAUUGAACAUUCUAGUUAAACUGAAUGUUACUGUAUAUACCAUACAUGCAUUAGCAAUUUUCAAAGAAUUAGACUAUUAUAAAGUACACUUAACACUAACUAUGUUGAACAUAUUGCAUCCUUCUUUGGUUACUCACAUGGAAUUUCAGAAACUUUCAGUGCCUCAAGUUCAUUGUUAUCAACAUCCAUUAUCAUUGUACAAUACUGUAGGUGUAGAAGAUAUGGGAUAUUGGGUAGAAUCUGUACCAUGACAUACUCUAGAAGUUGCUUUUUAAAAAUAAAUUCCAAACGCCA